AUGAGAGAUUUACAAUCCGAAUUGAGAACUCUUUAUAUCAAAUUAGGCAUCUUCUACGUGUUUUUAAUAUUUGAUUUAAUUUGGUCAUCAUUUAUUGAACCGACUACAAUGAAUCAAAUAUCUUAAGAUAGUAAGGAAGGAUCGACCUAAAUUUUAUGGAUGAGCUCCGUUCAUAUAAUUAUCACAGGAAUAAUUUUUGUAUUAUUCUGUACUUUGAUGUGGUAGACGUAGCCACUAAAGUUGGGAAUGAUUAAGCUGUUAAUCAGGUAUUCAUGCCUAUCAAUAUUUAGAGAUUUCAUAUAUGUCUUUGCAAUAAGUGGGCUUAUGCUUAUUAUUGUUGUAAUUGAAAGAGUAGCUAUUUUCAUAACUAAUACAAAAUCGAAUGCUACUGUAGUUGAAGUAAUUCAAUCGAAUUGGUCCAGUUUUUUUUAUUAAUUAUUUUAUUUUAUCAGAUAUCUUUUAAGACCACUCUACAUCUUUGUGAUGCUACAUGGUUCUAUGAAAAUAACGAAACCCUAUUAUCACAUGAGAAACCCAGAACUAUUCAUUAAUUGA